AUAACAUUAUAUCAAAUACGUAGAUGUUAUCGUACCUUUUUAGCUUUCUUCGUGAAUUAUUGACAAUUGUAUCGCGAGGUCUUGACGCAAGAAUGCUAUAACCCAACGAACUACCCUUAGCUCUUCCUAUUUCCUCCGUCAAGAUUACAGACACUGACCUCAAACACUAUCGUCAUCGACCGUAACAUUUACGUCUCCUAUUAUUCGAUAGAAAUAGAUUGGCGAUUCCUGUGUCUAUAUUCUAAUGAUAGAUUCUUUUCUAAAUAGAAAUAGAAUUUUCAUUUCAAUUUUUUUUUUAUAAAAUAAAAUAAAGCCAGACUUAAAGAUUGAUAUGAAAAUUUUUAUUUCCAUUUCGAAGAAAUUAUUAAUGUUAAGUGCAUUCCUAAUAUUAAAAGUUUACGAUUGAAUUUCAAUAAUCUAUGGUUCUUUGAACCUGAUGACUCGAUUAUACGAUAUAAAACUAUAACUGGGUGUAUUUAAAUCGUUCCUACACAAGAAUCCUCUUAAAACGUGAAAACGUUUUAAACAAAGAAAUAACUUCGAGUCACGAAAACAUGUAUUUCUCACAUACUCCAUCGUCUCUCCAUUCAAUAGCUUCUUCGCCUUUCUAUCGCUAUGAUUAGGAUCGUCGUAAAUCACGUGACUUGGAACGACUUUUACUUUAACCUUCUCACCAAGAAACAAGAUAGCCCCGUCGAGAGGUCUCGAACGAGAAAGGAGAUCGGUUGACGCUUGGCAGCCACGCGAGAAUCCAUGACGGAAUGAUCCGCCCUGACUGGAAUCACCCACGCGAAAUCACGAACUUACCAGAUUCUUUUUUUGGUAUAAGCACGAACACGAGAGGCAACGUGAGGAUCAGCCGUUUAGCUUGAAAUCCAAACUGAGAUCGGUGUUUCUUGUUAUCACGUAGAUUGGUAGGUAGGCGGGUAACACCUAGCAUGCUUUUCGAGUUGCUCGAAACGUUCAGUCUCUCGCUGUGUCUGCUACCAGCUGGAUAACCUUAACAGAGCUUAUUCGCGCGGCUAAUGGCCUUUCACGGGGAAGGACGCGACCCUUUAGAGCACACCAGUCUUUAUCAAAGAGCCGAGAGCGAGGACAGUGAUGCCGAAGGUGGUUUGGGAAACGUAAAUAAACUUGUAAUACGUCCACCCGGUCACAGUGGAAAAGCAAAGAAGGGACACAUCUGUUUCGAUGCCUCAUUCGAAACCGGUAACUUGGGCCGAGUGGAUCUCGUUUCAGAGUUCGAGUACGAUCUCUUCAUAAGACCGGAUACCUGCAGCCCACGGCUUCGCUUGUGGUUUAACUUCACCGUUGACAACGUAAGAUCCAAUCAGCGUGUUAUAUUCAACAUAGUGAACAUAUCGAGGAGCAUGAAUCUCUUUCGAAUUGGUAUGGCGCCAUUAGUUAAGAGCAACGGAAGACCAAAAUGGCAAAGGAUACCACGGGAUCAGCUUUUUUAUUAUAAAUCACCGCAACAUCAGAAUCACUACGUGCUUAGUUUUGCAUUCGCUUUCGAUCGAGAAGACGAGGUCUACCAAUUCGCUUUAACUUAUCCGUAUUCUUACAAUCGGUACCUCGGACAUUUGAAUAAUCUCAGCACCAGAAUAGCUUAUGUUCACAGAGAAACUUUAGCUACAUCGAUUCAAAAGAGGAAGGUCGAACUAAUCACCAUAAAAUCCGAUACGGAUGAUGAUAAGGAAUUAGCAAGGAAAGUAGUCGUGAUUCUUGCGAGAAUUCAUCCAGGCGAAUCACCGUCCUCGUUUGUUUGUCAAGGACUCAUGGAUUUUUUAGUCAGCACUCAUCCGAUCGCUCAGGUGCUCAGGCAUUACGUGAUAUUUAAAAUUGUGCCAAUGAUCAAUCCCGAUGGAGUUUUCUUCGGUAAUUACAGAUCUACUUUGAUGGGCAUGGAUUUGAAUCGAAAUUGGAAUCGUAUAUCAGAAUGGAUCCACCCAACACUAUCGGCAACCAAAUCUAUGUUAGAAUCUUUAGAUAAGAACACGCAUACGCCAUUAGAUUGCGUUUUAGAUCUACAUGCACAUACAAACGCAACGGGAGUCUUUGUUUACGGGAACACGUACGAAGACGUAUAUAGGUACGAGAGACACAUUGUUCUACCAAAGUUGCUCGCUCAACACACGGAGGACUACGAUCUAGGAAACACGAUGUAUAAUCAAGAUCCUCACAAAGCUGGAACAGCACGUCGAUAUCUAUGUUCCAUUCUAAAAGAACACGUCAAUUGCUAUACCGUACAAGUAUCAAUGUAUGGCUAUUAUAAGAAGGGAACACCGGGUAUUUUACCAUAUACAGAAGAGAGUUAUUACAGACUCGGUCGAAAUCUCGCACGAGUAUUUCUGGAAUAUUACAAGUUAACCGGUUUGAUACCGUGUGGACUUCCAAAUCAACCAUCGGAUAAGCGUAAUCGACGAUCUCGUCAGAGCCAUCAUGUAUCAAGGCAGCCACGUUCUAGAAUGGCCAGAACACCAGCUCCUUUGCAUCUAGCAAGCAUUCACGAUUAUUUCCGGGAGGACACAGAGCCGCUCCCGAGCGCUUGUUACCGAUCGAUGAGUGGCACGCGUAUGAGCCGGGCUGAAAUUGCGAUUGGAACUGGAACCGAAAGCGGAAUUGGAAUAGGAAGUGGAAGUGGAACGACGGGCGUCGACGAGUGCAGGUACCAGAGCUACAGGUUCCGGAGCCCCGGGGCACCGCUCGACAGGGUGCAAGCUCCGACAAGACGACCCACCGAGCCGAGGCUUACCAUUAUCGAUUUCAAUCAGCUGACAAGAGGCGGUUUGGAACUGGCCAUGAGUAAGAACAAGACUAAUCGUCAUCGCGGUCGUUUUAUGCUCCGGUGAUAAAAAUAUGAAAAGAAAUCAAAUUUCGUUUUCUCGUCGACUCGCUUCAACGUAUCGCACGUUACAACGAUAUUCCCAUCUUAUCUGCUGUCUUUCCUUAACAUAAUAAUACCUUUAAUACCAUUUUGAUAUCCAUAUCAUACAUAUGAUUAAAAAAAAAAUUAUAGAUUACAAACUUACAUUGUACUGAGGUAUUUGAUAAUAAAUC